AUGUUGAGACUCUCUAGACAUACUAGCAGCGCAUUAAAAAGAGCCGCUAUUGUACAUCAAUCACCCUUGAGAGUGGUGUCUGUCGCAGCUCCCUUCAAAACUCGGCACUUUACCACCACAAAGCAAGAUGAAGAGAAGCCAGUUACUAUUUAUACAGGACCCCUGGCCAAUGUAGCCAAAAAAUUGAAAUUGUUCUCCAUCACUUCGUUGGGCCUCGGUUGUGGUAUAUCUCCAUUUGUGUUUGCUAUUGAUGUGCCUGUGCCUUUUGUAGCUAAAGCAGCACUUGUUGGCGUAGCGGUGGCUACCAGUGCAGCUUCUACUGGUUUGAUUCAAUGGGUCAUGUCACCUUAUGUCACAAAGAUCACUAUCCCUAAAAAAGUAGCUCAAGGACAACUUCCCCAAGAAUUAACCAUCCAUACACUCUCUUUCACUGCCAAAGAUCACACAACAACCGUGCCUGUAGAUGCGAUCGAGCCAGCCAGCCGUAUUUUCACUAGUUGGAUGAUCAACGACCCUUCAUUAGCCAAAGGAUGCGUGUCCAACAAGGAAGCUAAACCCAAGACUUUAUUGUAUGUUCAUCCUGAACUGUGCGAAGAGGAACAAAGUGUUAUGAAGGAUAUUGUGGAAAAGACUGGUAUUGGAAGAGGAUUUUAA